AUGGCGGCUAUGUCGCCUGAAGCUGUGGGUCCUGUCUUGCUCUUCUGUGAUACAUUCAGCCAUCCUGAAAAUGAGGUUAGUUAAAAGAUCUCUGUGAAUUUAACCAGGGAAAUUCAAUGUUACGGGAAGUUUUUCGUAUUUCAAAUUUGCCAUUGCCCGCGACGCCACAAAUUUGCAUAUUUUUCAAAUGUAUUACCAACCAGCUGUUGAUCAGCUUCAGGUCGAGAACGUUUCCUUGUGAUCCUGUGAUUAAUUUUUUGAAAGGUCCUACGCUACUUAUGCUCAAUCUCUGAUGCCUCUACGUCAUGCUAGUCAGAUAGUGCAGCAUGUGCGUGACUAAGUCACUUCCGCUGAGAAAAAUGCAUCGCAAGCCUUGCACCCUGAUUAUAAUUGCGAUCAGCUCCAAACUUUGUGACAAUAUGUAAUGCCGAGAAUCUCGGAAAGUGGUUUCGAAUUUUUUGUUUGAUAUGGAGGUAAAAUGAGCCUUGGAAUCAGCAGAUAUUUUUAAACAAGUUCUUUGGACUGAGUCUGUCUCUGACUGCAUGAGCUAAUGCCAGGCCUCGCCUAGAUUGAUGUAUAGUCAACUCAGAUUUUGUGCAUGGAAGUGUAGUCGAUUAAACUACAAUGAAACUUUGUGACUUUUUAGCUUUAAGAAGGUCAUAUGUGUAUGGACUGGGGGUCAGUGUUUUGUCCAUCACCCUUUCAUGUACGUUUUGGUUUAAUCAGACUAAGAUGUAUUUUCCUGAUACAAGCAAUUAAGCUAGUUAUUACUGAUCUAAUUUGUGAUCUUCCACGGGAAAAUGUACACGAAUGGCUUUCCAUUUAAGGGGUGAAAUGCACAGCUACAGAAUGGGUAACAAACAGGUAACUUAGCCAUUCAAACGGAUGCUAUCGAACAGCUGAACAGGCUAUCGAGUAUUCUGAAGGGCUUAUGUAAAUUUUUUAAUGGGUUACCUAAACAACUGAACAGCUUGUCAAAAUUUUCAAAUGGGUCAUGCAAACGACUGAAUGGCAUGUGAAAAUUAUCGAAUAGGUUACCCAAACAACUGAACGGCUUGUGAAAGUUAUUGAAGGGCUUGACAUAGACAGAUGAAGGGGUUUAUGAAUAAUUUCAGACCGCUCAUGAGAAAAAAUUGCCAUAAGAGCUGAAUGGAUAGGUUAUCAUUCUGAACAAAUGGACAGAUCAGGUCCGAUUCACAUUUAAAGUAGGUUCAACAGAUAGUCAAUUGUUUUGAUGUAAUAAAAAUAUUGACUUCCCACAGCUGCUAUAAAAUUGCCUGACGAAGUAUUUAAGUUUGUUAAACAGAGACUUCAGCAUCUUCUAUUAAAAGCAAAACUCGAAUAACCCAUGAAGGUCAAGUUGUCAUUGUUUAUCUUUGCUGUGUCAAGUGUUUAUUGCCACUUUAUUGCACAAAAAUGCGACUGCAACGUUUUUCUAGUAGCUUUGCAUGUUGCCAAAUUGUUUCCUUUAUUGUUUCUUUUGACAGUGAAUUGGAUGUGGUAAACAUAAUUAUUCUGUGCAUGAUUCCAUUUCUGGAUUUAAUAUAACACAAUCUUGUGACAUUUGCAUAAAGUAGACCUGUGUGACAGGUAAUGCAACACUAUCCAAUCCUGAACCUUCCAAACAGAUGAUACAAGUCGUUUGAUGGAAAAUAGUCCAAGUCCUUCAAACAGGCUAAUGUUUUCAACAAAUGAUGACCAAGCUGUUUGAAUGGGCUGAUGUUUUCGACAAACGGAUGACCAAGCCGUUCAAACAGGUUGAUGUUUACAACAAACAGAUAACUGAAGCCAUUCAAACAGAUGCAAAUUUUUCUGAAUGGCUGACAAAUGGCUUGUGAAUGGAAGCCGUUUGAAAACAUUUGUACUGUACGUUUUCCCGUGGAAGGUCACAUUUGAUUGUUCUUAAUUGGUUAGAUUACUGAACACAGUCAUAUUUUUUUAUGAGUUCAAAUAUCAAAAUGAUGAUAUUGGUGGAGCAAACCAACAUAAAUUAGGUCUGCACUACAAGGCUAGGAAACUCACCAAAAGGGCAUUAACCCUUAAAAUUCCAAGAUCUGAUUGUUAAUUUCCCCUUUGGCUGCUACACAUUUCCAUGUAAACUAGUCACACUAAUUUGGUUUUAGAUGAAGAUAACACCUCCUAUGUGACGAGUUUGAGAAUUCCAAUUGUUGUUUACUGAAUAUUGUAUAGAUAAUAUAGUGAGAAGCUAUGGGUUAAUCACUUCUGGGAUUCAAAAGGUUAAUACCUGUGAGUGAUUACUUAAUUUAUUGGUAUAUUCUCUACAGGAAAUGCAUCUUGACUUGAUCAGCUUUCCAAGACCCGUCUGCAUCCAGGAAGUAAGGGUCAUACCUGCAGGACACAGAGUCCAUGCUGCUGUUAGUGAGAGAGAAAAAAUGGGGUAUGUAACUUCUGAUACUAGAUAUCACCAUAUCUGUUAAAAAAAGUCUAGCAUUGUAAACUUUGGCAGCUCUCAUGACUUCUUAAAAUAUUUCAUGUGGUAAAUACCUAGGGUUUACAAUUAGCAUUUUGAUUUCACCACUUUCUCAGCUAGCAAAACUUGCUUGGAAUUGGUACUUGGAAACACUUCUUGAGUUACUUGGUUACAUAAAAUGACUUAACUAUGUUUUCUUUACAGAGAGACCCAUCCUCCCUCUUUUAAGCUGGAUCUAUUCAUUCGGAAUCUAGACAGGCCUGCAGAUGUAGUGUUUGAAAGACUUGGACAGUAAGUGACAAAAAAAGUAUUUUUUAUUUUCAUCUUUUUGCAGUUGUUACUUCUGUCAAAGACUCUCUGGUUGUUAAUUAAAAGGAGAGAAAAACAGAAAUAUUGUUAUUAACAGUUCUUUAAUUUGCCUUAUUUUCUAGACUAGAGUAUAAAGAACCCAACAAUUUUCAGCUGGUUACCAAUUCUAAGGUAAGACUUUUUACAGUCAAUUUUGGUUGGGGGUUACUGAGUGGUGAGGGCGCUGUGCUCAUACUUUGGUGCCCUUGUGUUCAAGCCCUCCACCCUGUUACUCCCCAGAUUUGUUCUCAGUUGUCUCAAGUUUAACACCUUGGCUGUGCUUUGUAUAUGGCCAAAUUGAUCAUGGAAAAAGUGUGGUGGCUGCAUGUGGGAUUGCAAAGUAGGUUAUCUGCUGUCCUUCUUUGCACUUGGUCACCAGCUAUGAUUUGAUAAUCACUUUAUAGGGAAGUGCAAAUAUAAGAACAAAUUUAACAAAAUGGUUUGGAGUAGUAAAAUGGAUAUAAGGCUACUCUCUUGUUAAAUUUCCUAUCCCUGACAAACAAAAUUGAUAUUGGUUUCAAACCUUUUAUUACUACUAGUAAUAAAUAUAACUACUUUUCAACUACAUUUGGUUUGAAUUGUUUUGAUUAGGGUGCAACUGAUGUGGUGGUUCUGCGUGGGUGGUACAAUAGAAUCACCAUUAGUCUGUAUGGUCUCUUCACUGAUGUCAAUCAACAUCCUCAAGAAACACGCGCAGAACCCAGAGUUGAUAGGCCCCCAGUCAUUGUAGAAACAAGAGGCCUUGAUAGGGAUAUUGAAAGAGUGCUCAGGGAUACAGAGAAAGUACCCUUUGAAAAAGUACCUGAGAGGGCUGAAAGAGAUCAUGAUAGAGGUCCAGAAAGGUCAUUAAGAAGGGAAAGGAGUGCUGAGAGAGGUCCUUCUGACUCAGCUCUCUUUGAGAAGAGUCCAGAUGAAAGAGCCUUUGAGAGAACCACUGAAUCAAAGGAGAAGAGAGAUGAGCAGUGGCAUGCAAAAGAUGAAAGAAAAGCUGGGAAGGAGAGGGAAAGAACUCAGUCAAAGUCACCACCUAGAAUAAAAUCUCCACCAGGAUCCCCCGAGAGUGCAAUGGCAACUGUUGGUGAAAGUACUGCUGCCAAGCCAACUACUCCACCAGGGUCCCCAAGGGAGGAGGUAAUAUUAUACUUGACUCCAUGUCUCUUUGGGAAACUAUUUGAUUUUUUACAUGGGACCCUCAGUGUUAUCCUUGACUUCAUUUUGGUAAACACUGAGGGUGAAGCAAAAGCAACUGUUAUGGUGGCAACAGACAGGAGUAGAAGUUUUUUGUAACCUCUGUUUGGUUACAGUGCUGUCAAUUGGCAGAUGUUCUUGACAUUCUACUGGCCUUAGCCAUGGUGAGGUUGUUGAUCACAUUAAGUCAAAGUGAAUCUUACGAGGGAAACAGUCUAUGUUCUUAGUAAAGUUAUAUUGGGGUGGGGGGUACAUUUAAAUGUGUGCAAGGUCAAAUGAUUAUUACCUGCUAAGUGGGUAAUCACAGUGGCAUUUGGGGUGGGUGCAGCAACUUAGUAUUUUUAGUACAGUUUUCAAAGUCACCAUUACGUCUUCACAAUUUUUAUGAGAAGAUAAAGAUUGAUUCUUCAAACUACUAGAAAUCCAAUUUUUUUUUUCCAAAUUUGUCAUGCUCUAACACUGCACCCUAUACAUUGUGAUUAAUUGUUACUAUAGCAACCAGCUGGUACAGAGUCUGGUAACCAAUCUCCAGAUGACUUGUUCGAGCCACUCACACCUGACAGAUCACCCUCAAACUUGUUUAUGUCUGAUGAAGAGGACAUUGAUGAACCGGUAAGUAAUGAAGAUUAUAGUGGCCUUUUUCUGUUUUCAUUCAGUGUAUUUACUUCUUUUCAUGAGCUGAUUUUUCAUUUGAUUUUUUAAAUGCUUUUUUUCUCAAAUAGGAUGGCUAUGAAGAAAUCCUUAGUGAUGAAGAGGUGUGUCUAAAAAACACUUGCAAAACAGUGAAUGUGACUUGAAAUAAUCUACAAGGAAGCAUAUACAUAUUGUACAGAACACAAUUCUAAAGUUCACAUCCUCUACUACCAACCAAAUCAGCUCCAAAAAUUCUAGUUAUCUUUCUGUCAUUAUUAUUACUAUCAUCAUCAUUAUUAUUAUGAUUAAAUAUUUAUUAUUAAUUACUUUUUUAUUACCUUAUACAUUGUUACACUGGGCAAGUUCUCAAAAGCUUCAGGAGAGGCCGAGUCAGGGGCUUUGCAGCCAUCAAAUUUCCUGUUUUUAUUGUUGUUGUUGUUUUGUUUUGUUUUUUUUGCUCUGUGUGGUGUAGUUCUUAUCCUUGAUUUCUGAUUAGUCAUUUUUUGUGAGCACUGGGAUUUCUAAGACACUGAUAAUUGCCAGUUAUCUUUAUCUUGAAACUGUGAUGGUAGAUUGUGAUAAGUGCAAAUUACAAUGUGUAACAUCAGUUUAUGAUCAAUUGUGCCUUACAAUUAGAAAAAUGUGCUUAAAAAUUAAAAUGCACUCAAUUGCAGGAGAUGGAUGAUGGAACAAUAGAUGACGCAGUGAGUAUAAAAUCAAUUUUUCUUAAUUCGAUUUGUGGAUACUAAAUUUAUUUGUUAGAAAUACACCUCUAUGACAACCAGAUCUUCAGGUCACCUCAAACUGUCUUUCCAUCUUUUAUUCCUGGUGCAAUUUGUUACUGCUACUGUGAGAUUGAUUGAGGAGUUGUCUUUUUCUCUAAUCUCUGAGCCUAAAGUACAUUACACCCCUGCUGUGUAAUUUAAACUGGUAACAUUUGUUUUUUAGGAUGUACAGUUUGGUGAUCUUGAUCUUUAUAGUGAAGAUGCUUGGAUGUCAGUGUCUGUUAGUUUUAAUCCUUACCAAUGUGACCUGUCACCUUUGACCGUAAGUUCAUUGCCUGUAUUUGUAUUUUGCGAAUGUUAUGCUCUGUUGAUCAACAAAUUUACUGAGUUCCAAAGCAAAAAAAUAUCGGCCAGGGAAGAAACUAUGACAUUUAGCCAUAAAUUAGUAUUAUGUUGUUGUAUUGACAUUUUCUGAUGUCUUUUUCUGUUUUUUCCUUUAGACAUUUAGUCCUCCAGAUGGUACAGAAUAUGAAAGUGCUCUACUGAAAGUUAAAGAUGAUUCCAGUAAGUGGCUUGUUUCAACAUCCACUACUGCCAGUAACUGUAACUUUUAAAGUUUAGAGGAACAAUGUAGAAUUCUCUACCAACUACACAUAAUUUUGCAACUAAUUUUGAAUGGCUCAAGCUCAAUUUUUUUAGAUUAAAAGAAUAUUCUGAUUUUCUCUUAUUAUAAAAGUGCUACUACAUUUCUUUUAAAAAAUGUUUCUUUCAAUGUUUGAAUGUGUGAUUAGAUGUUAAUUUUUGAGUUUGCUUUUGACAAAUUCACCUGGAUGAUUUAUGUCUCUUUAUACUCCCCAAGGCUCCUUAGAUGAGCAGCAACUGAACUUGGUAAGUGAGAACAACAGCCAGAGUACAAAUUAAAGUUAUAAUAAAAUUUGAGAUGUUGCCCUGAUUCAAUUUCAAAUUCUCAUGACCAGCCAACAAAGAAAUGUAUCUCACUUGUGGGGAGAAUUGGCUUUUAGACCAUAGAAGUGCAAGGAUCAAGGAAGGAAAACCCUUAAACUCCCAUGAGUGAUUGCAGCCACAAUAUCAAUGUCAAAUAAAAUAAUUCUUUCAGUGUGUGACCAUUACGCGACACAUUGACACUAGUAGCAUUGUCUGUACUCAUAUCCACAACAGCAAAUUUGCCAAUCAGAUUUCAAUUACUACCAAUUGUGGUGAAAAAUGAGAUCUUGGGAACGAAAGGGUUAACCUGAUAAGACCCUGCAUACUCUAUUUGAGAUAGAGAUGAGGUACUAAUGGUUGGUGUACCAGCUAGCUCUGGAUUGCAAGGUCAAAGUUGGACCUCUGGUGAAGGAUAGUGUGUUUGUGUUGACUGGCAUUAGACAAGCAACUCUCACUGCAUUUUCUCUCUGCCAAGGAAUGUUGAUUAAUAGGUACAUUUACCAACAAAAUUUCAAAGAAACCUUAAAAAUUAAUGCCAGAAGCAUCCCACUCAGGAAGAUACCGAAGUUAAAUAAUCUUACUAAUGAGCAGUGCAGCUCACUUGACUUAAGUGCAAGACCUGCCUCCUAGAACAGUAUUACAAAUUCAGUGAUUACUUUGAUAUGGGAAUGGUUGUAAUAAGUGAAAAAUAAAAAGAUAUAAUACAUGUUUUUCCUCUAUAAAACUGCAGGGACAGACAUUGUUUGAACAUGUGGAAAUGUGUUGCACUUCUGAGAGGAAUAAGAAGUAAGUACACACAGAAAAAAAUAUAAAUUUAGUCUUUGCCUUUUUAAAAAGCAGUUGAAGUGACUGGAUUGUGACUCUAAAAACAAUUAUUAAUCACAUUCCAACAGAUGGAUUGAGCAACUUGAGGAAAUACCCAGACUUCUUAUUCCAGGGCUGGUAUGUCUUAAGGAUUUUAAUUCUUAUUUUAAACAUGCAAUCAUAAAAAUAAUUGUACAUGUGCCUAAAAGGGAAGAUCUUUUGCUUGAUAGUGAAUUCUUUUCUAAGAAUCAAAGUAACUUUCUUGAUUGUGUUUGUUUUAUGUUCUGAUAUUAUGUAAUGUGCACAAUUUUUGUAAUCUCUCGUUAGUGCAUACAAUUGGAAGGAGGAUAAUGUUUGAAUGAGGUAUUAUAUCAUGAAACCCAGCCAAAGUAGUCUCCUUUUUUUGCAGGCCUUUCUUACAAGAAGUGAACAAAAAGAAGGUUUGUUUUUGUGCUCCAGUUCAUUCUGCUUUGAGCCAUUUUGCAUUUUUUGUGGCAAUGAAAAUGAAUAAAAAGAAGAAGAAAAUAAAACCAAAAAAAAUAAUGUAAUUGCUUUUACUUUACAGGAGUGAAGAGGAAGCUUAUUGAAUGGAUCUUGUAUUCCUUGGAUGUUGAAAUGGCUCAGAAACUUCCUAUAGCUGUAAGUUCUGUAACUGUUUUUACAAAACAAACAGAUGAACCUGCCAUGAGCCAUGGUCCUUUCCUCAGACUUGCAAAAUACACUGUAGUUUGACAAAAGAAAAAGGCUAUGCGCAGUAUAACAUAAUUAUGCAUUUAAACUACUUGAGAUGCAGGUUUUUUUAUGCAUAGGCCUGUUCUCUGUGUUUUGAACCCUUUAGGACCAUCCUUUGAAAGUUGUUUUUCUGAAACUAGUACCAUACAUGUAUGUUUGUUCCACAUACUUGCAGUUUGAUUUUCAGUAACCAUUCUCUUGGGUAACAGACCAUCUUUCACUAAGCUGACUUCAAGUAAAACUUGCUUGCUUUUCAAGUGUACUUUAAUCUUUCCCCAGUAUAUCUAUUGUUGUUUGUUUGAUCUUUGCCAACAGGCCAACAUUCGAUUGAUAAAAGCAGGACUGAAGCUUGUUGGUGCAAUGUGCUCCUGUGGAUCAGAAGUUUCUUCUUUUCUGAUAGUGAGACUUUUUGUUUAUUUUUUCAUUUGCAUGUACAUGACUGAGUACUACUAACAAUAUACAAGCGAACCAUCUCAAUAAGGAAAGAAAGAAGCCUGAAUUGUCAACCUUCUAACCCCCAUGAGUGACCAAGACAGAAUUUCUCUUUACAAUAUUAACUAAAAAAGCAGAAAAGUGACGAGAAUCAAGGACAAUGUUAAUUAUGGGAUUAAUAUUUGAUCCAAUACCAAAUUCUUCAAACUGACAUUAUAAGAGUUGUAUUGCAGACAGUAACAAGAUCUUGGGAGUGAAAUGGUAAAAAAUAAGUAAACUAUGGAAAUUUGCAUAGAUAGCAAUUUAAAAAGCUUGGAAAGUUUGGGAAGUAAAGACCAUUUACAACUUGAUUUUUUUCCAAUCUGUGGCUACUGUUCAAUUUCUUGUCGAGUCAUUUGCAAGGUGGCUUUGACCAGAACAUUUUUAGGGAUGGAAAAGUUUCAAUUCAGGCACAAUUUGUUAUUAACAGCUAUUGGUCUUAGGCCAUAUGGUAUGACCCAUAACUUGGAAAAUGAAGAAUGACUGUUUGGAAAAUUUUUGAAACAGUCUUUAAUUGUGGAUGUGCAAUGUAUUUUAUACAAGCCAUGCUGUAAAAAAGACCAUAUAUCUGUUUGAUAAUCUCAUCUUUCUGGAAUGGUGUCAUGCAACAGGUUGCACUUUCAUGCUGCUGUUAGUAACAAACAUGUACAUUAAUUUUGUGGCAUACUGAAGCCAAGUUAAAAAAUAUUUUAUUUGCCCUCAGGAUGCUGGGGUUCAGGAGUCUCUUGGUAAACUUCUUACAACAGAACACAUGUCCUCUUCAAUGAAAUUGUUGACUCUGCAAGGUCAGUGCUACUGGUAAAUUUGUUUAAUUCUAAUGUUUGUAGAGAGCUGAUUAAGCUUACUUACAUUAGUUAGAUCUAUUCUGACUAUUAUGUACAAAUCUAUGUCAAAUGUUUGUGAAUGAAUUUACAAUAUUAUCGGCUUUCACUUUACAAGACAUGUUUUAUGCUGUGGUGUAAAAUAUCUUUUAAGGGUAAAACUUUUAAUUUAUUAUAGUAAACCAGUUAGACUAUUAUUUACCUUGUUUCAGUUUAAAAAGUCACAAAUAGAUAAAAGUCAACGGAAUUUGGAAAUUUAAACAGAUGAAAAAAAAAAAUUAACCACAACUCUUACCUAAUUAUGAUUUUAAAUAUUAAGAACAACCAGUGUAACAAAGAAAAACAAUUUAGGAUGUACACUACAUGCUUACUUAUAUUCACCCUUAAACCUCUAAGAGUGACCAGCAUCUAAUUUCUCUUAACAAUAUCACCCCUGAAUCACACACUAAGGUCAUAAGAAUGAAGGAAAUGAUCACCAACUAAAGACACCCUUGAUUGAAAAACAAUUCUCUUUGUCAGCACCUUAGGAAUUGUAUAGAGAACAGUUUGGAGAAUAUGCAUACUGAUGUUAGGGUGUAGAGGACCAAUCAAGUACAUUUGGUGUAUUUCCCUCUGAUAAAAAAGAAUACCCCAUAUUUGUCACUUAGUAUUUACUUUAUUUUGUAGAAUACAUGAUGAUACAUUUAUGUAAAAUUAUGUAACUAUAACAAAAAUUCUCCUUGGUAAAUUCUGUGUUUACUAAAGGUUUGUGCUUUUAUUUUAUUAUUAAAAUUUUUAUUUUUUUUUUAAUGUUAUAGCUAUUGACAACACUACAGAUUCCUACAUUGGAAUGGAACAUUUCCUUGGAUGGGAUGAAGAUGCCAAGGUAAGCAUCCAUAUAAUUUUGAAGUGAAUUUUUGGUUUUGCAAGUGCAUUUAGUGUGCUUGGUUACUUCUCAGAGUGUACAGGUGAAAUCAGUUUAAUUUUUGACUUGAAAUCUUUCAUACCUUCAUAGGUGUUAACAUUCUAUCAUCAUGAUGGUAAUUAGCAGGCAGUUUGACCAAUCAACAGCUUAGAUGUGUAAUCAUUAACCAGCGAAUGCAUCACUACCAAUGUCAUAAAUGCUCCAUUUGGUUAUUGUGUGUGAUAGUAGUUGAAAUUUAUGAAGAUGUCUGUAAUUUUUAAGGUCAAGGAAAGUGAAGAAAACACUGUCAAGGAAGAAUCCAAAAGUUACCAGCAACUUGUUGAUUUUCUUCUUGCUGAUCAGGUAGCUUUCUUUUGUAAAAUAAUGACGAUGAAAUUGAUAAAUGAUAAUUCUAGUUGAGUUCAGUUUGUUUCACUUUGGUUUGGAUAUUACUGCAGUUACCAUAUGGUUCUUCUGACUCAUCUUAUUUUAACAACAGACUGUACGUGUGGUAGAAUCUGCUUCAGCCCUUGCUCGCAAAGUCCAUUUGUAUGAAUUGCUUGCACUUUUGCAGAAAACUGUAGACAAGUAAGUAAUUUUUGAUGUACUCUAAAACAUACAAUUUGUUUUCAGGUUGCUUUUCUAAAUUUUUUUAGUAUCUUUUUUAUUUUCUACUUUCUUUAGAGAAUUGUUAAUAAGUUCUUGUACCAAGCUAGCUCUGUUAACAGCUGUCAGUAGGACUUCCGUACACUGUACAUCAACAUGGCAAUAUUUUGUUACCAUUCUUGUAAUACAGUUAUUCUAUGUGUUUUUUGGGGUUGGUCUGGCUAUCAGUCUGUUCUUUAGGUAGGCAGGCAGUAAUUGAGUGAGCAAGUGGGUCAUUCAGUCAUUUAGUCAGUUAAUAAGUUAGUCAUUCUGUCCUUCAAUUGUUAAGUCAGUCUUUUAUUGUGUCAGGUCUUCAGUAUUAGUCAAUAAAUCAAUCAGUCAGCAUGGCAUACCAGGUACAUGUAGGUGUAUCACAAAUUGUUUUCUUUGCUGUUUGUACAGAAUUAUUGAAACAACUCCUAGUCCAAGGCAGACAGAUCCUGAAACAGACUCAGUUGGUGAGGUAACUGAAACCAAGCAUACAGCUGAUGUGAUGUCCCCUGAUCCUGACAUUGCCAUGGAUACAUCAGGGUUAGCCUCAGGUGAACGAGAGCAACCCCUUAACACAGAGAUGAUAGAGAUCCUUGCAAGCACCCUUGAAGAGAUUUGUAUCUACCUUAAACAGGCUCAGCAGUUGAUAGUAAGUUUAUUGAAUUCAGAUGAUACAUGACAGUUACAUGCAGUUUUAUUGUGAAUAUCUUAAUUGUGUGUAAAAUAAUGUAGUUACUUGUACAUCCUCCCUUAACACCACCAGCAUGUAUAUUGUCCAUACUGUUCUCUAUACACUUCCAAUGGCACUGACAAGGGACAGUUUGCUAAAAAUCAUGAGCUGUUCAAGUUUGUGCUUUUUGAUUCAGCAGUGAUACCAUAGUGAAAAAUUAGAUGCAAGUCAGCCUGAGGGGUUAAAGGGUGAAGAAGUUGAAAACAAACUGAUUAAGUAUUGUGAUAUUAUAGAGAAAACAAAUGGUUACUUGUUCUUCACUUUGAAUAUGUCCAAAGGAGAAUUUGAUCACAUAGUCUGACCAUUCAGGUGAAGAAAGUCAUGAAAGGGAACAUUGUGGUUACGGUGUCUGAUUUUUUGGCAAUCAGAGAAAAAGUCAGGUUUUUAAAGCUUUUCACCUUACCAGUAACCUCAGGGUCCUUAAAUCAUCAAAAUGUAUAUGCCAAAGACAGAUUCUGAUUACUUAAUUAGUUCUCUGACAUAAGGGAAAAAUUGAGGCCCAAAAUUCUUCUCGGAGGGAGAAAAAACAGCCCCACAGCUUAGUUGUGCAUGUCAAUUAUUGGAGUCAUUGGGUUAACCCACUCUCUGCUAACCAACAAAGGUGGCUCAAAUAGCAAGGUCUUACAAGAUAGAUUGGAUAAAAUUACUCCUCUACCUUGACAUACAGUACAUUACUACUAUACAGUAGUAAUAGAGUAUGAGGAUUAAGGCACUGAUUUUUCCUAUUUAGGUUCAGGCUCCUGUGAAAGCAUUUCCUACCUCAGCAAAGAUCACAGGAUUUGAUAAAUCUCCUAAAGAUCCUUACCCAGUAUUGUUUCACUUCUUCAAGGCCCGGUAAUUGAAUUUUAUUGCUUUUAAAAGUGUUUUUAGUGUACGGCAGAGGAUUUUAGUUACACCUCUAGUGGUAUUCUGUGGGACACUGCAAUGUACUGUAGUAGUAGUGGUUAUGGCACUUGAUUUUGGAGCAAGAAACCUUAGCUUGAGGCUUGGCCUAGUUUAUGUUGUAUUAUGGGUUGCAUUAUUGAGACAAGGCACAAUACUUUCACUAUGUCUUGCUCCCCCAGGAGUACCAAUGGGUGCUGCAGAAUUGUUAGGGAAAUUGGAUAAGAUCCUUGGUGAUAAUCUGCAAUGGCCCAGCUUCUCAUUCAGGGAGAGUAACUUUACCCCUAGGUGCUAAGUUUUGCAUAAACCAAAGAUAAGCAAUUCAGUUAUGGGCUGUUUAGUUUUAAGACUUAACCAUAUCAGUACAGUAGGCAAAUGCAAGUUUUUUUAAACUCUCUCUGUUUUUGUUAAUUUAGUCGCCUUCUGGAGUCCAUUCUGGUUGUGAUGUCCUCAACAGCUGGUUGUCAUCCUGCAGUGUUUGGGCCAAUUAGAGAUUUCUUCUUUACAUUGUUACAGUCACAGCAAGGUACAUUGACUGCUUCUUACUGGUUCUUUUAACUUUGGUAGUUAAAGUCUGUGCCAGGCUCUUUGUCAGGACACAGUUACUUGAAGGGAAUGGUUAUGUGAGUUGGAAAAAAUUCAUAGUAAAAACACCAAUUGAAAGUUGAGGUUGGACUUCUCUCUGACUUUCCACAAUCUUCUAUUUUUGUGGUCAUGCAUGGUAACUUACAGAAGUAGUGAGAUGCUUUGAUUGGUCUGUUACUCUAUUGUGAGUGGAUUGUUAUUGAACAUGAAGCAUGAUCAGGUUCUCAAAAUUCAUUUUAAACACAUAACUAUGAAAUCUGUUAGGUUCCUUACCAUUCUACUCCAUUAACUAUGGUUUGACAAGUAACACGAGUAGUGGUCUUUGGAAAAAGGAAACAGAACCUGUAAACACUGCUUUAAGUGCUAAUCUUGUAGAAACCAGCCCUUGAUCAAGGUGUAUACAAAAAUAUAACUGGUUACUUUUGGAAGUUGACAAGAAGUGCCAUUUACUUAUUUCAAUUCAGUGUCUUCACUAUGAGAUUGUGGUAUGUGUGUUGUCUUGUGAUAUUAGUUUUUGGCACUAGAUUUUGUGUUUCUCUUGUAAGUGGGCAAAGUGAAUUUAGAAUAAUUGUUGAUAUUUUUUAGGUUGAUUCUGAAUAAUUAAUGAUAUUUUGAUCAUUGUAGUCUCAAGUGGCUAGCUUGGUGUGCUAUUAGCCUAGUUUUGAUCAAACUGUACUCUUUCACUUUCAGGUUUGUUGUUCCUUUCCUCUCAUCCUGACUCUAUAAAUGGUCUUAUCCGUGUCCUCACUCAAACAACGGUAAGUGUCUUUCUUACUUUCCAUUUAAAUUAUAGUGAAUUGAAUUAAAUUUUCCCUAAGAAGGUCACCUUUAGCCUCACUCCCAUUCAAAGGCUUGGUAACUAAGCCAAGAUAAUAGAUGAACUACUAAUCUGACUUGUGUUUGUGCACAUAGAAACAAUAUUUGGUGUACUAUCUCUGAUUCCUUUGAUAAGUACAUGUAUUCUUUCACCAUUUAUUUUUUUUUUCUCACUGGUUUCCCCUUCACUAACCCAUCUUCUCUCUUCCCACUUGCUUGCCCUAUAUCAGCUGCAGUACCAACAUAUUUCAUACUUACCUACUUGUCCACAUACCUUCCAACCAGUUGGCAAUAACAUUCUGACACCGAGUUUGAUUUCAGGAGGCUGAUAUUCACCACAGUGAUGCAGCACCACUGAAUGUAAGUAUUGUCAGAUGUAUCAUGAAGAAUAUAUAUUAUUAUAAUAAUGUAUAUUACAGUUUACUUACUAUUAGUAUUAUUAGGUAUGCAUAAUUUUAUUAUUUUCAUUGCCUAAGGAUUAUCAAAUUUCCUUGGGUUAUCAGCAUUCGUUGUAUUAUUUUGUUAUUUUCACACUCUUUAGGAAAUCCUCAGAGAUACAACUGCAGCCGACUCUUGCACUCCCCAGCAUCUGGGACUUUUGCUGAUUUAUCAUUUGCAGGUGAAGUUUAUAAACUCUGUUCCUCUUACCUCAGUUAUUGUUGAAAGACCGUUUAACAGGAAAUAGGGACGUCAUUCAGCAAUUUGAAAUUACUAACUUUUCUUGGUGAUGUUGAAAGUGUGGAACUGUAGCUAUUGAAAGGAGUAUUUGAAAGUGUUUGAAAACUUGUUUUCCUUCAGAUUCGUAAGGGUUUCAUGUAAUUUGGUUUCAUUUUAUUUCAAUAUUUAUUUCUAUUUACGGGACAUUCCAGACUCUCCAAGCUGUGGAUCAACUGCUUACAUCCCUCACUCCAGGUAAUUUUCCUGCAACUUCUUUUCCGACAUAUUUUUAAUAUUGUAUUGAAUCUUGUUUCUACAUGGCCACAGUCGAACAGCCAAAUUUAUCUUAUCAAUUUUGUCAACCAUGGGAAAAAAAAUCAAUGUAGUACAGUCUGUGUUGUCCAUCGUGUGUUAUGGCUUGACAGCGAUUACGUCGCUGUAUUUUGAUGUAAUAUUCAGUCUAAUGUGAAAUCUUUUCCCGUAAGAUUUGCUGCCAAAUGACAUGGACGGAGCUGAUCUGCUUUCUACUUUACACACUCUCUACUCCAUGACCUUUACAGCCAUUGGUGAGUUGUAAUGAUGUUGAUAAAGGAUCUGUAGUUUAUUUUAGUCACGUACCUCGGAGGGAUCAUUACUUUUAGUUUUUGAUGUUAAUAUAAUAAUUAAGAAUCCAUUAAUGUGGCCGACUUCGUUACCGGCUGGUGCAAAUGUACGCAGAGCUGUCUACUUGCUUCCUGCAAAAAUUCAGCAAUUUGCGAUGAAUGGUUCAGAUGCUUAGACUGUUUUACUAAUGACCUAUUUCUUUGAUGGAUUUCAACCAGAGGGCCCCUUUAAAUUCUCAAGAUCUUAAAUCUAAUUCUGUUGACUGGUGUCAUUACAUUUCUGUUUUUUUUUCGUGCUGAGAAUUUGGCGUUCUAUCGAGACGAUAUCCGUUAAUUGAUGAUUCCCUUGCUGUUCAUUAUCUGUGUUUCACUUUUCAACCAACACAGCCAAACAGCGGACCAUUUUUUUCAAGAUAAUAAGACAGUCUUGUCAAUUUUUGUGCGCUUGUUUUCUUCUCGUAGGUAAAGCUGCAGUAGUGUCUGUUCUCAGCUUGGAAACAAAUCUUAGUGCUCUACUUCCGUUUGUGGAAUCUACCGGUAGGUCUCUCUUUUGAUGAUCGUUGUAUCUUUGAAAAUAGUAUGCUGAACUUUGAUUAGUAACUUUUGUGGCCAUAGUUUUAAAUACUGGAUGGUUUCCAGUAAUAUUUUUUUCAUUUUCUUUAUUUCAUCACUGUGAAAAUGAUGGAAAUAUAAUGUGUGAUACCUUUUUUUUUUUUUUUUUUUUUUAAUUAGGAGAUGCAAAAGACGAUGCUAAGUUGAAGAAAUGUGUGUCAACGAGAUACGCCACGGUGUUGAUUCUUUUAACUGUAAAAUGUGAGUAUUAGCGUCAUAGGUGUGUGUACUGACAUAAUUUGUGCGUAGUGACCAGCUUAGCAGUUACGGGCAGUAGAUGGGAUAUUUUAUCAUCAGUCGGCUGUUAGCCUAAAAACGUUUUUACCUUUCGCAGUGUCUGAGAAUGUGGAAAUGUUAUCCAAGCUUGCUCCGAGACUCACGGCUGUCACAGAAAGAGGUAAGAAAAAUUAUUUUUAUUGUUGGAUAUUAUUGGUACUGAGAGUCCAGAGAGGGAUCGUAGAGAAUGAUCUAGUGACAUCUUAACUCAAUAUGCUUGCUUGCGACAAGUUUCUAUUUAUUUCAGAUGACCCUAAACUAAUUACGGAUGAUUUUCCAAGUUAAGAAAGAACGGGGCUGAUGAGGGUUUCGUUGAUCAAUAACGCGUCAUCACACCUAAGCAAAACUCAAUGGUCUGAUUAUUUAAACAAAGUUUUGCCGUAGUUUAACAAAACCGCGUCGCAAAAAAUCCUCAGUUUAGCUGAACCUUUUAUCUGAACAUUCAUUUUUUGUGAACAGAGGUAAGAGGACCGAAAGCUAGGAGUGGAAGGACAUUCAUUUUAUUAACUCAACCCUCUUACAGAGAACGCCUGAGGCCCACUGAUUUCGUGAAACCGUAGUUCGGGAUAGAAUUUGUGUAAAGAACCGGCCCAAAGUCUUUUCGAAUGGUCUUGUAAUACUGGAUUGACCAUUUAUCUCUAACGUCCAAAUUACAGACUUAAUUGGCCUUUCAUUCUCUCCGUUCAUUUCCGGUGUAAGCUUCAAGACAAAACCGGAAUAUCAAGAGAACUUUUAAAACACAGUCAGGCAGAUUAUUCGUAGAGACUUGAAUGAACGGAUGAGAACUCAAUUCUUCCACAAUUUUCUACCUUCUUAUCGAUCAAUUAGGUAACCUAUGUUUCUCAAACCGUGUCAUCUCUUGUGCUUCUUCUAAUUCUUUCGUCUUUCUUUUUUCGUUAUGGAUAAUUUCCAUUUAUGUUUUUCUCUCAGUGGAUGCGGACUCUUCAAUUACCGAACUGGGCCAUUGGCUGGUUGCUUUGAAAGAUAUCAAGUUUGAUAUGUCAGGCAUCGGCAAAUUAGUAGAAUUUGUGAAAAGGUAAUAUUUUUCUUUUACUCUUACACAAGAAAUGUUUAGUCCGCAGAUUCAAAUAGCAAUCCAUACCACAUAAAGAAUCCUAAGAAGGAGACCAGUGGCCAAUGUUUAGUUAGCUGAACUUAGGUCUUCUUGGGUUCAAGCCCCGAUAUAUGUUUUAUUUAUGGUACGCAAAAAGGGAAAGCACUACCACAGAUAAUAGUCCCUAAUCCCUCCCAAACCUUUGAAUCUACCCAGUGGGUGUCUUGUCCAAUUGUCGUUCAUGAGUAUUCUUAACUGUUGUCUCUUUUGUUACAUUUUGAAUAGUCAUCUGGAUGAGAUGAAUGUCACACCCAGUGUAGCAAGUGGAGUACUGAUGGCUGUCCGAGUCCUAAGGUACCUUGCCUGUCCUGUGGAGAGGUCAAACACAACUGAAGGUUGGUUAACACGGUGGUCUGUUAAAUUGAGUUAUUGGCACAAUGUCGUAACCUGAGGGUGAACUUCCCAAAGAGAUGAUUACUUUCGUUUUCCGAGAGUGAAGCUUAAGAAAAUCUGUAAAAUUCUAGGAACCGAUUAUGACCAAAUACGAAUGUUUGAGAAUAUUUUCACUUCAAGUAGAAGCUAUCGUGUUUUUAUGUCUUUCAAAACAUUUUUUUAAGCGUUCAGGAAAAAUGGUGUACGAACAGCUUAUUUUCAAAAUCGUUUCCUUUGUGGGUUGGUGACUUUAACUGUUUUAUGUGCAACAACAAGAAAUGCUCUCCCAUCUUCAAUCAACUUCGAACAAAGAAUCUCAUUGUACUGGACAUAAGGCUUCAAAAUUAGGGACUAUCACUGCGUGUGUGAUUUUUUGUUAUGAACUAUUAAACUGCUCGAUUUGUUUGUCAUGGCAGUGAUUCAGAAAGAUCUCAACCACAACUUGGCCUGCAUUGAGCUGUUCUCUGCAAAUGCCAUGGACGUGUUUAUCAACGUGUUUCAAAAACUAGGAGACUUCCUUCUCCGCCCCUGGAGGCAGGGGCAACCCCUACACACUGGACCUCCCCUAGUUAUGGUUUCUAUGGUAACGCCUCUUCUUGCACUGGUGAAGACCCUUCUAAUAGAGCUGCUGAACAGUGGUAAAUACCAGUUUAAAGAUAGAAGACUUAUGAAGGCAAUGAUGGUACUUCAUACUGUGAUGUGUACAGCUCCAAUGACAGGACAACUUAGUAGUCUUGCUCAUAAGGUGAGGAUGAAUUAAGAGUCUUUAACAUUCUGAUGUACCGUAACUGUAGUCGUCUUUCCUUUUGGACGGUAAUUUGGUAUUAUUAACUGAGUUGAUAACGUGAAUUGGCUACCGUUAAGAGUUUCAAAGCUGACCGUGGUUUUUAGCGUUAGCCCAUCUUCAGAGCGAAGUCUUACAGUAUUAGUUAGUGCAGUUUUACAAGGGUAAACUGGGAAAGUGAGGAAAAAAUACCUCUAAUAUUCUGUUUUCCGCCAUUAUGACAUCUUUGCAAAAAGUAUCGGUAAAUGACGACCGCUGACUCAUGUCUCAGCCAAAAUGACGCUGUUUCAAGAACACUUGCAGAGUCGUUUGGUCGUGAGUAUACUAGAAUCCAGUUUAGUAGAAUUGGAAUCGGCUAGAGAAGUUACGGGAAGGGCAGUGUUCCACUUUUGGUAAGAAGGACAACGAGAGGUAAAGCUGGAAUGUCUUCUUUAUCUGCCAGAUUUUUAUGUUUCUUUUCGAAUUAGUGGGAGAGCAGUUAAUUUGAACUGUUUGUACGUUGUCCAUAUUUGUAUCAUUGUCGCUGAAAGUGUAUCUAUCAACCUCUGUUGAAUAUUGAUCGUUACGGAUUUCACUUAUCAUGACUGGUCAAUUCUCUGUAGUGAAUUUUGCAUUAAUAGAUGCUGUUGUUUGUCCUGACGAAGGAUGAUAGCGGGUAGUUUACAGACACUGUGGCUAAUUUUCUGCGAUUUGACUCCCUCCUUUUUUGCUAAAAGGUCCAAAGUGAAAUUGUUGAUGUAUUCAUGACAUUUACGAGGCCAGUCGUACAAUCAUCUGACCAUGAAGAAGGUAAGCGAACUGAGUAUUGUAUUCAAAAUAUUUAUUGCUAUAUUAACUUGUCGAGAGGCAAAGGGGAAGCAGAGAACAAAUGCUGGAACUAACCAGAGUUAGAAGACCAAAAAAAACUGAAUUGGGAAAUAAACAUGACAUCCUUGUAGUCCAAUAGAAAAGGCACCUGUCUCAGUGAGUUAUCGCUGCACAGAGGCCGUGACUUACCUGAAGACACCAUCCAGUUUCAAAGAAAGAGGUAGUUGGUGAAACACUAGCCACAUUCAAAGACUAGCGUGUCAAAAUAGAUGAUAAUAAUCAGCUGCAAACAGUCUUGCACAUGCUCAGUCUAUAGAUUAGUCCCAAAUCUUCGCUGCCUGUGGGUUUCUGUUUGUAUCAAACCCCGCUACAACGAGCGCUUUACACAUUUUGAUAGCGCUUGAUUAUGUCAGCUUUCAAUCAUUGAUAAGUCUCUGUUUGUCUAUUUGUGGUCAUGUUUUUAGUUGUAGUAUUGUUUGACUUGUUGCCGGUUUGUUUUUCUUCCAUAGCAAUAAAUGAAAGCAUUUGGUCGCUUAUGUUAAAAGAACUUCUUGAAUACACAACAUCUGCUCCCCAAGUAAGUAUAUCUUAAAGCAAAAGAUAAAAAAAAUAUGAUGCUGAUUCGACAAGUUAGAUUUCUCAGAAAUGAUGCCCUUUACCCAUCCGACUUCUCAUUCAUGUAAGACGCUCGAUUCGUAUUUUGUUCACUAUCUUUAUUUUGUAUGUCAGUUAGACGAAAGAAUCUUUAAAAUGUAAUCUGUCAGACUCUGGGAUUAACUAGCUUGGCCUUUACUGUAGGUGUUGCCACAGUUUUAAAAGAAACAGAUUAGCUGACAAAUUCUUCGCCAAUUUUGCAUGACACGUUCAUUGUGGCCAAAAUUUAUCACAUAUGAUUUAAUUUACCUAACGUCUUCUCCUCUGAGAUAGAUUUUGUACACUUUACUUUUACGUUUUAAUUUGAUUGGUUAUUCUUGACAUUCAUUUGUUUCGAAGGCUUUCCUAGGAGGACUUGUUCUGCUGUCAGAACUGUUACCAAUACCUUUACCAAUUCGCUCGCUGGAGGUGGGUAAUUUACACAGUGACUUAACUAAGUAUUCAGUGUAGAAUUUUGGAAUUUUAAAUUCAAACUGAUCUUUAGAGGGGUAGUGAAUGGAGUGUGACUCUGCGUGUUGUUUCAACAACGGCAAUAAACUGAAGGUUCCGAAGAACAUGAUAUAUGAUGGCGGAAGUAUUUAAGAACGUGACGGGUGCGGUAUUUUUUUGUGAUGAUGAUUGGGAUAGGUGACGGGCGCGCCAAAUUGGCGGGAAAUAGACGGCUGCUGUCAAGUUGUGAUCCGUUUUAGCGGGAAACCCCGUUGACUCGUAUACAAUCUAAUUCCUACAGAUUUCUUUUAUUUAGCGGUCUGUUGACUUGGUUCACUUUUUUGUUUUCUUCUUUUUUUCAUUUGAAGGAAAUGCCUCAGGAAGAAGCGAAUCUGGUGAUGAAUCAUCGCCGGCUGUGGAGUGCGCACCUCAAUCCACUCAGCACAGAGCUGCAAGGAAUACUCAAGGAUCUGGCCGGUAGGAACCUGGGCGCGAUGUAAUUUUUGAAUAGUUACAUCUAAGAGUCCUCACUGACAGAGGCAGGGUUAGGCAAACUUUCAAUACCUGGAAAACAAAGGUAGACUUUAAAAAAAAAGGGAAGGAGUCCGGAGUUUUCUAAGCUUCUUUGAAUGUGAAAUCGCCGAGUAAGAUUUUUUCAAGAUAGAUGAAAUUUACGUUAAUUAUCAUGGCUUCAUCUUCUUAAACGCGGGGUCGGUCAACAUCCAAUCUUUGGGAAAAUCCUCGAUUCCCACUACUGUGUUUAAGCAUUACGUUGUGGUUGCUUUUUAUGUGAAAUGCGUCGUGGUUUUUAUGGAUCAAGCCAUGUGUUUUGACUCAUAACCUUGUGUAAAACAUUUUUGCUUUUAAAAUGCUUACGAAACUUCGUUAAAAACUAGCAUCUUUGAGGUUUCUAAAGCCUCUGUUUCUUGUAACUUGUAGGAUCAGCAUGUCACAAUCUUCAGCAAGUACUGAGAAGAGUUUGUUCACAGCUGUCAGACCUCUCUGCACCCACAGCCUUCAAUAUCGUCAGGUGAUUACUGUGGCUCAUUUUUUUCACUGUACAAAACUACUUUUAGUUGUAAAGAGACUUUAAGAUGUUAGGUCGAUGAGAUAGAAAAACACGGAAGAGACUAUAAUAAUAUAGGAGGGAACAAAGACUUUUUAGGAUGGCGUAGAUUUAGACGGAUUUCGAAUGGCAAACUGGAAAAGUGUAACUAUCUCUACGCAGCCUCCUAACGUAUUUGGCUUUGGAAUAGUAUUAGCGUCAGAAGUUAGUGGAUUUUAUAGCCUUAUUCCCUUUGCCGUGAGAAGUUUGCCCCCUUGCAUAUUUUCCCCUUUCAAUAAGUGCUUCUUUGCGUUUCAACAAGUCAAUUUAGGUCAACAGUUCUCCAUCAGAAGAAAAACAGAGUUAUAUUCAACACUCUAAUGUAAUAAAGAGCAAAUAAGGCAAAUUUAUCAACCCAUUAAGCUCAAUCGGACUGUGAAAGGAGAUAAAACAAUCGCUUGUUCGAGUUGCGAAGAAUUCAUAACUGUGCAUUUAUUUUGUUUAAUCAGAACACUUCUGGAGACACUGGACAGCGAGAUGAGCAAAGCAAGUGGAGACGACAAUAGGUAAGAAACUCUUGGCAACAAAAGCUACAAAACUAUGACCUCUUCAGUGCCGUGUAUCGCAACUCACCGGUCGGACCGUUUUUCCCGUGAAUGGAAUGAAAACUAUCUGAGCUAGUUUUGGCCGAACCGGUCCCGUCAUUUUAGUAGAACAUGAAAGUUUUCACGCUCCUAUGCAGGCCAAUCGAGUGCGCAUGAUUGCAGCAUUGAGCAGUAAUGAUGCCCAAUAUUUGUUGCAACCCUGGAAACUUUUCACGCGCCUCGACUCACUCAACUCGACUUAAACUUUCUAUUUAUAUCGGUUUACAAGCAGUUCUGAAAUGAACGGCUCUCGAUAAACGGGAAGGAAUGCGGAAACUUCAGUUGGUGGUAGAGCCCAACUGUUAUUCAGGAGGCCUGAGCUCCAAUUUCGUCGAAGCUUGAAUCUUUUCAAGCUUCUUUUUUUGCAAUAUCUUUAAUUUUUGCUCACGCGUGAGGAUCAUUUCUUUACUUGCUUAUCAUUCGUUGAUGAAAUUAUGCUGUAUUCCAUUUAAUUGUCAUUAAUCAUGGCACUUUUCUAAACAAAAUUCCAACGGAAAGUUUGACCGAUGGUUAGAGCGAAAGAAAGUGUGACUUGUCUACGAACAAAAUUAGCCUGUAUAUUGACUGUUUACCGAUAUGAUUGUGAAUUUGAGUGUUGCUCCAAUUUCCUUUUCAGUUGUUCCCCGGGAGGUGUGCGUAUUAUGACAUUGUUAGCUUACCUUUCGUCACAGCCAGCUGUCAAAGUGUCGCUGCUUCAACUUUUGAAAACCAGGUCGGUGAGCUGGGCGUAAUUUCCACGUGAAAUCCUAAUACCGAGUUAGGUAUACUAGUUGAUAGCAUACAAAGGAUAUCUAUCAAACGUAACUGAAAAGUUAUCCUUUAAUUCAAUCUUGAGACAUAAUGAGCAGAAUGGGUCGGAUAUUUUCUGAUGGCUGAACGACGCCAAGGUCGCGAGGGAAGCUAUCUUUACACCCAAACCGCCUUGACUGUUCAAAUAUUGUGAAAUGGCUAUUGCACGAUUCACAGUAACAGUUUGAAGAUUCAGGGCGAGCAGAAGGUGGAUAAUUCACGUUUCAAAUAAUGCUUCAUUACACUAUUUAACUUCCAAAGCUUUCUAAGACAGUGGAACUACGUAGUACUAUACUUAAUUGUUUAAGAACACACUGUGAUUGAAACAGAUUCUAUACGGCGUUGUUAUAAUUGAUGAAGGUUUUAAAACCAACAUUUCUUAAGUUGGGAUAUAAAAGAAAUGAUUGUUUCACGUUCUAUUCACAGUGGCAAUGCCAAGAACGAUGACCUGUUGUUCCCCAGUCUUUUGCCGUCCAUGUUGUCUUGUUUGAAAGGGUCGUCUGAAAAUCAAACGGUGUCUAGAUCACAGUACUGUGUCGUGGUAUGUAAAUCAUUUAUAAUGACUACUUUACAGAUUUUGGAAGAGCUUGAUGUACUUCGAACUGCUCCUUUUGGAAGUAAACACCGUCCUUUUUUACCACUAAAACACCUCCAGUUUUAUGAAACAAUUUCAUUGCCCUUAUGACAGAAACAUUCAUCAAUUUUUAAUGUAAUCGAGUUUUUCACCACUUUCAGGUGCAUUUAGAGAGGAAAUUAUGUUUUUACGUUCGUUUUGCUUUGAUUGAUUUUGUUGUAGUUUUACAAAACCCGAGGUUUUUCAGUUAGUUUCGCUUAUUACUUAUUUCCCGCGCUUAUUUGCCGCUUGAUCUUCCGCGUCUGUGACGAUUGUAUCAUCCCGCUCAUGUCGCUGGAACGUUGCGCAAAUUUUAAGAGUUCAGAUCUUUCUCUGAUGUAGAUUAUUCACGCGCAUGUUUGGGUAUCAUUAGUAUAUCACCUGCGCUUUUUGCAACGACUGUAUUUUUGAGGCCACACAACUAGUCAGAUUUUGUUUGUGAGUCUCUUGUUUUUCUACAGCCUGUUCUUCAAAAACUUUAUUUGUGCUUUUUUUGCCAGUCGAUUGUCCAGUCCUUGUGUGACCCCACGGUUAGCCUGAUGCCUUUCGAAACUCCUUUUACCGACCAACAUGUAAGUUUUGUGUUAUUGUUGUUUUUGUUUGCUUGUUUUGUAGUUUUCUUUUUGAUAUUGUUUGUUGUUUUUCUGUCAAUGAAAUGAGUACUGUCCUUUUAGCAUAAAAGUUUAUUCCAUUUAUAAAGCUACGUUACCAUAACUUCUCUAGCCACAUUUUUCAUGAGAUGUUCUUUAUCUAGCUGGCUAAUACUUUGCCGGACAAGGAGAUGCUGGAAGUGAUUUGUGCUGCGUUACUGGAGCACAUGGGAUCCGAGCAGCAGUCAUUUGCUACGAUUUUGCUCGCUCUGAGGACCCUGCUGACUCUUACCGAACAUAACUAUGGUGUCUACCACCAGAAAAGGUACCUGAACUUGUCUUAGCAUUGACAUUUAAUCUUAGCUCACAACUUUGGCGAGUCGUGGGCUUAAAUAGGUUUAUGGUUUAGAUUGUUGCCCAUACGAGUAAGCUUUAUUUCCUUGUUUGUGUCGUUUCAGAGCUCUGGAGAACAAUAGCGAAGUGUUUUAUCGCCUUCUGAAAAGGCUGUCGUCGUCUUUUGAGUAAGUUAUAUUGAUGUUGUCUUUCACACUUUACCCACAGUAUCUAUGAACUAAUUCUCCGAUUCAGUGGCCUACAAUUCUUUGUUGUUUAGUUCUAGGAGUUUGGUGUCUAAGCAGAGCAAAAUCCUCUAUGUGAUUAUGGUCUAAAGUCUCAAUAAGUGCAUUUUGACAGAGUAUAGGAAAAACGUAGGAAGAAUUUAUAAGCUGAUCACUCCAGUCGCUGUCCAAAACAAGGUCGGAGGUAGCUUGGUCAGAAACGGACGAGGAAAAACAUAGCUCCGUUUAUUUUUUGUCAGACACCUAGGCUGUAGGAGUAAAUGUAUUAAAUAUACGUUGCUAUAAAAUCUGAAGUACACAUAAACACUUAAAGUAAUAGACAGACAAGAUAGGAAAGAAAUUGGAUACCUCAUAUAUAUUGACACAGGAAGUGGCUCCUAACUAAAAGAAAACCUUAUAUAAUGGUGUGCUAGUGUCCAAAAAACAUCAAGAGAUAUGCAUGGACUAAAAGAGAAUGACAAUGGUGAAGAAUGAAAAAGAUUUACACGCAUUGUAAAAAUUGUGUUUUUCAAGACACACAAACUGGGAUUUAGCGCCAUUAGGGUCUAUAAGUUUUUGAAAUGAUUUUGAAAUUACACUGCCUUUGAUUGUCCAGGAAUAGCAUUCCAGGCCCGGAUCACCUGUCCACGCUGUCGACGACCAUUGAGCUGCUGCAGCUGUUACUACCAGAGGAUACAGCCGGUAUAAUUCAGGAACAGGAGGACGAUGCCAUGGAGGGCGAACCAUUGAAGCUAACCACUGAGAUCAGCAUCAGCGCGGCUCAGAUGAGAAGCUUCCUUAAAUUUGACAGCGCUGCAGAGGACGGCCCACUUAGAACAUUGGAAAAACGACUCGAGGUUUAUUGGAUCUUUCUUUGUUUUGGUUUUCGAGCUUUGGUUGUUACUUUUAAAAAAGAGCUGUUGGACAGAAUCGAUUGAAAUUUAGUCGUUAGCUUAAACUCCUAAGAGUGAUCAGCAUCUAAUGUCUUCUUACUUUAUCACCUUUGAAUCAAACGUAAAGGUUAUGAGAAUAAAAGAGAUGAUCACCAACGAAAGAAGUUCUUGUUUGUUAACAAGGUUUUGUGUUCAGUACUGUAUGAAAUGCGUAAAGGACAGCAUGGAAAAUAUAGAUUCUGAUGUUAGGGUGUAAAGAGGAGAAAUCUUCAAAAAAGUGAAAAAAAUAAGUAUCGCUGUAGAAGAAACGAGGAUAGUUCAGAAUUGAAAAGUUCAACAUAAUUUGCAAAUGAGACGAAAAUUUAAUUAAAUUUUCAAAGAGGCUUUAGUUGUAAUGAAAAUAGUUCAGGAAUACAAACAAAACAAAGUGGUGUAGAGGAAAUGGAAAAGGAGGAAGAUCCUAAAUCAGAUGCUUAACGCGUUAAGACUUCAAACAUGGUAGACAUGUAAACAAGCCAUUUUGUUGUUGUAGGAAAGCUGCAAAGAAGACGAGGCUCUGGAGCCAUUAUUAGAUGCAGUUCGUGUUUUGACAGUUAUGCUGCGUAAAACAGAAGGCGAGACUGAAAAAGAAGCAGGUAAUACUAUGUGUCUUAUAAACAUAGCUAAGUGUACAAAAAGUAAAGUAACUUGAAGUCUCGGUAAAUAUGUUUGCCUAUUUAUACUCGUAAAAGGUAUAAGUUAAAGGAACACUGACUUUUUGGCCAUGCUAAUUACGCAAAUGCCAUAGCAACAGCCAAAAAUGUGAAAAGGGUUGGGAAAAAAAAACCAAACAAACAAAAGACAAUAACCGAGAAAAGCCAAAAUGUGCAUUGCGGGGUAAAAGAGGUUUAGAAUGGACGGGUAUUGUUGCAUCUGAUGUAAGGCUUUUGUUAUUCACAGAGGAGGUCACUGAACCACAGCUCCCAAGUCCACUUCCGCUUCAGACGCUGUUUGUCAACAGAUUGGCCUUCGUUUCCGGUGAAGUUGAGGAUGGUGGGGUCAGUCCAACGCUCUGGUACUCUACCCCUCUCCCAGACGAUAUCGAUCCUGAAGUUGACUUGGUAAGGCUUUUUCCUGCUCUCACUGUGACGUAAUACUUUGAAGUACUAUCAUGUGUGUAUUGAGUUCAAUUCAAGAAUGCGGUGGAGCUUGGCUUGAAAAUCUGUACAAGUUUUAAGUUCGUCAAAACGGGGGUUUUCCAAAAUUUAUUUGUAUGUAACUGCAUGCUUAUCUUUUUGUUUGUUUUCAAAAAAAAUGUUCUCAUGUGGAACGCUUUUAAAUUCACAGAUAAAAAUCGGUGUUGAUUCUCUGACAGAGAAGUUCUCUCCGGACUUUGAUCUCAAGACCGAGUUAGAAAAAGGACUAGUACCUUCUCCCCCAGGCUCCCCGACGCGCAAGAAAGCUCACAGGUAAAGCUCCUUCUUUUGCAACUAAAAAAGAUCUUGGGAUCUGUUAACGUGAUGAUCGGUGAAUAAGUCAACUGAUCCUUUGUUAUUUUUGUCCUAGAAACAAGAGAAAGUACGAUCCCUUGAUAUCUGGUCAGCGAAAGGAUAAUAAGAAAGCCAGGACAGGUGUGGAUAAGGCUUAAGUACUAAACGCUUCACUUUGCAAAACAGAAAUAUUCAGUGAAUACUUUUGGGAAAUCUGUCGAGCUUCUCCCAGCAUAUAUUCAGUUUUUACUUAAACUUCCUAAGCUGUUGACGCGUGGUGUUAAGGUAGACUCUGGAUCAGAGCAGGAUCAUUAUGCUGUAUUCCCGCUGCGCUUCCCUCCAUCUAACAGGUGUUUAAGUGUACUUGCUACGAAAAUCAGGACGUAAUUUACGACGGACUGACAUCCCAUUCAGAGGAAUGGCAAUAGUUUUAGUCGCUUAUGGAUACAGAGACCAAGAUAAGCUCUAACAGAUUUGCGAGUCAGACGGUCUCGUUUGCAUUCUUAACCAUUUUUGCAAACUCCAAUAAUUCUUCCAUCGUUCCUAUUUUUCUCGUUUGCUCUCUCACCUAUGGUAGCUCCUUCGGCGCCAAUGCGAGGCGGUGGUCGAGGCACGAGGGGUAUGCCACGGGGUCGAGGCAACCCUCGCAUGAAUGACCUGUUCCGAUCACGCAAGCAAAAUACGAGCCGUCCGCCCUCCAUGCACGUGGAUGACUUCAUGGCAAUGGAAAAUGCCAAGACCCAGGACUCGCCGCCUCCGAUGCGAAGGACUGGUCCCAAGGUACGAUAUACAAGUUAAUGCUAGAAUCUUUGUCUCGCGCGCGUCAUAAGAUAAUGAAAGACCUCAUAGGUGGAUGAAAGAAUAAUUUAACGUUUGGAGGUAGUUAAGCUUACUAACAUAUUUCUGUUUAUCGUGCUAUAUUAAGCUGCUUAACAUUUUUUUUUUGCGUGGUUUUCAGGGUCCUCCGCCAGGUAGAUCGAUGGACCAUGGCCCAGGCAACUUCAUGGGAAAUCAGGGCCGUUGGGCGGCUAUGCCGGGGGGACCACUUCGAAAAGGUGCCUUCUAAACAUCAACUUUGCUUUCCGAUGUUAUUUACAGUGGAAGGUGUUUUCUUGUAUCUCCUUCUUAUGAAUAUGGUUUGAUUUCUUGAAGGUCCUGGCAUGGUGACUCAAGGAGGAAUGCGCGGGGCAGGACCUGACUGGGGAAACCCACGACAGCACCCUAUCGCCUUUCCGGGACAAAGGAAUUUCCAGAGAGGGUAAGAUAACUGCCAGUGGUAAUCGUAAAAGAGGAACCUCAAUGUAGGGGACGCCGUGGGGAGUAGAAAAAUUGCUCCCUGAGUAGAAAUGUCCCUUCAACAACAGAUACAGCGGUUCAAGGGGCCCUUUUUUCGUUUGUAGCCCUUGACUAGAUGGGUAGGUUUGAUUUUACUUUUAGUCACACUUUUUGCGCACGAGCCUCUGACUCAGUCAUGGAGAGAAUGUCAUCCCUGUAUCAAGUAAUCGAUCGACUGAUUGAUAGGAGCCCUGAGUUAAGCCUUCUCGAUGAAGCGUUUUCCUGAAUUCAACAGAAUGUCGUAGGGUCUCGUCACAUGUCUUUUAUAUUCUGGCGAGAACAUUGCGUGACAGCGCGCCGAACCUCUUAUUUUCAGGAAGGGGAGAUAACCUCUCUUUAAUUAUAAAUUACUUUAUCCUAUGUCGUUUUCAAUUUUGAGUGACCCCGGGGUUGAUAUUCAGGUUAAUUCCGGGCAGAUCUGCGCUUAUGUUUCUUCUAGUGCACGGCACGAAGUCCUAGCUGAUUUUGUUCGUUUGUCAGUCUUUCUCUGUGUGGUCCUUGACACGUUGGACUGUUAUUAUUCUUCGUUUUUCAGACCGGAUUGGGGAUCGCAAACUCCUCAGCCGUAUAGAGGUAACUGAGAGUUUGCUGACUCUUUAACUUUUUUUCUUUAUUAAUACCUUGUUCUCUAGCUGAAAAACUUAGUAGAUCGAUAAGGAAAGUGAAUAAUAUUUGUAUUGAAAGUUGGUGUGGGCUUUGUUCUCAGGUGGUGGAGGAGGGAUGAGAAAUAACUAUAAUCGACCACAGAUGCGAGGUUACUGGGAUGCGCCCAAGUCUAAAGAUGACUCGCGGUGAGACUCUCCUUCAGUUUUUCGUUCAUUCCUAUGUCUGGUUUCUCUCUGUGUCGGUCCAUUUGUGGACCUGCUUGUUUAUCUAUCUGUGUCUGGUGUGUCUGUUGGUUUGCUUGUUUGAUCAUUAGAUUAGCACGUUGGCCAGUUGGAAGCUGUUACACCAGAAAUAAAUCGCAAAAAAAUUAUGUUUUUCUUAUAUAACUAUCGUUGUAUGUUGCCGUUCUUUCUUUUACUUAAGCUCUCACAAUGAAUGAUAUGUCAGCAGUUUUCAGUGUUUUUCUUAGUCAGUUUUGUGUUGAACACUCCCUCUCAUUCCUUCUAGGUUCAUGCCCCCGCCAAAUGUUGGAGGUUAUCGGCCUGGGGCUGGGCGAGGUUAUCCAGGCAGACAUAUGAGAUCAUUUACACGAUGAAUUCAGUCUCCAGAAAGAACGAUCCACGCACAUACUUAAAUUAACUUUUAUUCUGCUGAUAUUUCAGUUGAUGUUAAAGUUAAGCUUAUCGUAGAGAUUGUGGCAUUACAAAACCAUUUAAGUUAGAUUAAAUAGACCUAGGAAACCAUUAGAUUUGUUUGUACCAUC